AUGACUAACGAAAAGGCUGUCUUCUCAGCAUUGGAAGAGCUUGAGCAGCCUAUUGCACCUGAACAGCUUACAAUCUUAAGAAAUCAACUUAAAUCAGAGGAACCAGAUCCCACACCGCAAACUAAAUUUAACUAUGCAUGGGGAUUGCUCAAGACUCCAAGUAAAAAGGGACAGAAGGAAGGGAUGCAAAUACUCACUUAUCUCUACAAGGAUGUUCCUGAGAUGAGAAGAGAAUGUUUGUAUUACCUUUGUUUGGGUUCUUAUCAAUUGGGAGACUAUUCCAAUGCAAGACGUUACGUGGACACUCUUUUGAAGGCGGAGCCCGAAAAUACCCAGGCUAAAGCUUUAAAGCAUUCUAUUGAGGAAAAGAUCACCAGAGAUGGGCUCAUUGGGUUAGGCAUCGCUGGAGGUGUACUUGCCGUGGGAGUUGGUCUAAUUGGUGCGUUGGCAAGAAGGAAACGCUAA